AUGACCAAACUACCCAUCAUCCACUUCAACGAUGUCUAUAGAGUCAGGCCUCAGAAGAUCUCGCCUACAUCACCAGAGACGAUCGAUGUCACGCAGUUCGCGGCCUUGAUGGACGAUAUACGAGACGGAUGGGCAGAAAGACCCGACGGGACUCGGGAAGGCCUGACGUUGUUCUCUGGAGAUGUGUUUGCGCCAUCCGUGGAAAGCUCGGUCACUAGAGGUAGCCAUAUGGUUCCCGUUAUGAAUCAACUGGCACCAGACGUAUCCAUGACCGGAAAUCAUGAUUUUGAUUUCGGUUAUCCGCAUCUCUCUAAACUCAUCCAGGAUACCAAAUUUCCAUGGCUUCUCAGUAACAUCGUAGACACAACAACGUCGAAAGUCCCAGACAGCCUAUACGAAUUCCGAGUGCUGGAACGCGUUGGGGUCCGCAUCGGUGUGAUAGGCUUGGUCGAGAAGGAGUGGAUAGGAACUGUCUCAUCAUGGCCUGAGAGUUUUGUAUACAAAGACAUGGCCGAGGUAGGGUUGGAUCUUUCCAAGCGUCUUCGUGACCCCACCGGGGAAUACAAAUGCGACCUCAUCAUCGCUUUGACUCAUGCUAGGUGGGUUAAUGAUAUCGCGCUCGCUAAAAAGCUACUCGCUCUUACCCCAGCUGCACAGGAGAACCAAGAUGUCGCCAACACUCACGGUGUCGAUAUUCUUUUAGGAGGGCACGACCAUCUGUACUUCGUUGGUCGUGGAGUAGACACUUGGGAAGGGUAUGAUCUCACAGCUGAAGUCUUGGGGGCCGAGGAAGACCAUGGGGACGUCUUGCUUGUCAAGAGCGGGACAGAUUUCCGCGACCUCAGCGAGAUGACCCUUGAGCUAGAGGACACAUCAGAAGGAAGCGUCAGAAGGAAAGUUAUCAAGAAAAUCAUGGGAAAACAUCACGAGAUUGUGCCCGGCAUGCGGUCCUGCAAUCAACUGCAGAGAAUCUUGGAUAAUAUAUUGAAAUCUGUCGGUUCAUCGCUCAAAAACCCUUUGUGCAAAUUAGCAGCAGAACUUGAUGUUCGAUCUCAGUUCAUCCGCAUUCAAGAGUCCGCUGCAGGAGACUGGUUCGCUGACAUCUUGCGACACACGUAUGACGACGCGCUUUGCAUGAAAGGGUACAACGGAGGAGCAGAUGGGGUAUUCAUCUGUGCGGGAAUGUUGAGAGGGGACUCUAUUUACGGCCCAGGAUACCUUUCGUUGGGUGACAUUCUGGAGAUCCUUCCCUUUGAAGAUCCCCUCGUUGUGAUAGAAGUGGAUGGCCAGACCUUAUGGGACACAUUGGAAGCGUCGCUGGAGACUUGGCCAGCGCAGGAAGGACGAUUCCCCGUGAUAGCAGGAUUCCGUGUCUCUUGGGAUUCUCGGAAGAAGCCUGGUGAACGUGUCCUUGGGGUUUGGUUGCAAGAAGAGGUUUCGGACGGCGGGUUGGGAUCUCCUGCUGACAGUGGCCAUACCACCCCGGCCGUUGUCGAUGGCGAACCCAUCAAACGGGAGAAAGAGGGGCGCAAAUACAAAAUCGUGACUCGAGAAUACAUGGCCCAAGGACAUGACGGUUUCCUCCCCCUCAAAGGACAAAAACAUUUGAUUGACGACGAAUCGGGCCAGAUCACCAGCACGGUCGUUAGAAAGUACCUACUCGGAGCACAAUUCGUCAAUAGGCUCGCUCGCAUGAACGAGUCGCAGGAGCACAUUGACCCUGACACACAUAGAAUCAUUGCUCAGGAGCGCACAAGACAGUCCCGGAUCAAGACACAUCAGUUGCACAUCGCGGAGCAAUGGAAGCGGGCUGCCUCUCUCGCCAUCCGUUGGUCGCGGUCCAAGCAACACUAUCAAGACCAUAUUGGGGUUGCGUCGAAGGAACACAUGAGCGGAGUGGAUUGCUUCGACGGAGCGAAGCUGCGAGUAGGGAAGCAGCAAGAUGAAGAUGGAGAGGCCAAGGCACCUGCAGAGGAAGAUAUGAUUACCGUUCAUCCUGUUGUGGACGGAAGGUUAAGAAACGAGGCCAGAUCCUGA